CACAUGCAUACACAUGUGCACACAGCCUCUCUCUUUCUCUAAAAACAAACAAACAAAAAUAAGUAUAGAUGCUAUUUCUAGUUUCUUAAUCUACCAGGAGUCUAAACGGAGACUUUAUGACUGUAGAAAACAGGCAUAUCUGGAUAUCAAUUAUUUUGAAUGUAAAUUAUUUUAAAAUCAAGGCAAUUGACUUUAGAAAUAAAUAUAUUUCUGAUGGGUUAAAAAUAGUUAGCUGACAUAUCCAUGCAAAGUAUUUAAGCAUUUGCAGGAUACUUUAGUAAAACACUUGGCUCUAAAGCACCCAGAUAAUAAUAAAUGCUAAAAUUAAUAAAAGCAACAAUAGAGUAGGUCCUCCUUAAUGAGUGUUUGAAUACUCCCCCAUCUGUGAUGUUCUUAAUUCUGUAGGCAGUUAGAUAUCCCAAAUAUAUAUGUGCAUGGAAGUGGUGUGAUUAAAUUUGUGUUUUAGGAUGAUUAUUCUAGCAUUGAGUGUAGGGUGGAGGGGAUGUGAAGGAAAGUACAUUUGUUCCUCUGUCUCUUCUGGGGAAGAGCUCAUGUUGUGAUACCUAGUGCUGAAUCCUGCUGUAGUCCAACUACCAAUAACAGUUUAUAAGUUCCUCAUAAGUUAUCUCCAUUUGGCCUUAAAUCUACUUGUGAGUUGUGCAGUGUUAUCACAUUUCAUAUGUAAAAGCUUAAGUCUCUAACCCGAAUCACAUAUUUGGUAUGUCAUAAGAGAAGAUUCAUAUCCAGCUUCUCAAAUUCCAGAUCUGUGCAUGAGACACUAGCCAUGUUUGUACUAUACAUCUGCCACUUCUGAAUCGCUGUCUCUCUCUCUCUUGUUGUUGUUUAUUCCUUUUAUCAUGUUUAUUGUAGUAGAUAAUGUAAGGUUGUUCUUGACUUUGAAUCAUGUUGAUCUUUGUUGUCUAAUACUUCAUCCCCCCAUUGUAACCUAUAAUCCUCUGUUGCCCUGGAAACUGUGGUAAGUUGAAAAGAUACAUAGCUCCUAAAAUUGUACUGCAUUAUCUCCAAGGCCUCCAAGAAAUCCCUAAGACUAUCUGCUCAUUUUGAAGGAAUGACUUGUCUCUCUUAUGGAGAAUGCAUAUUAGGAUCAAACCUAUCAUUGUGAUGCACACAUGAUCAGAAACAUCUGGCUAACGCUGACAGGUUGUAUUCAAUAUGCAUUCUUUUAAGAAGUUAUUUUUACGGUUCUUGAAUUCAGUAGUUUCUGCUAUUUCUGUCUCCUUCUGCAGAUUAAUAAUCCUAUGUUUUUUAAUGGACACAGAUAACCAGACGUGGGUGAAAGAGUUCAUUCUCCUUGGUCUGUCCAGUGACUGGGAAACACAGGUCUCACUCUUUGUCCUCUUCUUGAUCAUGUACUUGGUGACAGUGCUGGGGAACUUCCUCAUUGUCCUUCUGAUCAGACUGGACAGCCGACUCCACACUCCCAUGUACUUCUUUCUCACCAACCUCUCCCUUGUUGAUGUCUCUUAUGCCACAAGUAUUGUUCCUCAGAUGCUGGCACAUCUUCUUGCAGAACAUAAAGCAAUCCCAUUUGUGAGCUGUGCAGCCCAGUUAUUUUUCUCCUUGGGCUUGGGUGGGAUUGAGUUUGUUCUACUGGCAGUGAUGGCCUACGACCGCUAUGUGGCUGUGUGCGACCCCCUGCGAUACUCGGUCAUCAUGCAUGGAGGGCUCUGUACUAGGUUGGCCAUCACAUCCUGGGUCAGUGGUUCUCUCAACUCUCUCAUGCAGACCAUCAUCACCUUUCAGCUGCCCAUGUGCACAAACAAGUAUAUUGAUCACAUAUCCUGUGAAAUCCUAGCUGUGGUCAGACUGGCCUGUGUGGACACCUCCUCCAAUGAGAUCGCGAUCAUGGUUUCUAGCAUUGUCUUGCUGAUGACACCCUUCUGCCUGGUCCUCUUGUCUUACACUCAGAUCAUCUCUACCAUCCUGAAGAUCCAGUCCACAGAGGGAAGAAAGAAAGCCUUCCACACCUGUGCGUCUCACCUCACAGUGGUCGUCUUGUGCUAUGGCAUGACCAUUUUCACCUACAUCCAGCCCCACUCCAGCCCUUCUGUCCUUCAGGAGAAGUUGAUUUCUGUCUUCUAUGCCAUUCUGAUGCCCGUGCUGAACCCCAUGAUUUAUAGCAUAAGGAAUAAGGAGGUGAAGGGUGCCUGGCAGAAACUACUAGGGCAGUUAUCUGGAUUAACAUCAAAACUGGCAACUUGAUGAAUCCUGAGCAUUAGCUAGAGAAAAGAGCUUUGCCUGUGUUUUCUCCCACUUAAUUCAGAUAUGGCAGGCAUCACCUGCAUUGCCCUGGCAACCAGGAAGGAGAUGCUGACACAUGUACUGGUGAUGCUGGGUAGGAGGCUGGAGGGUGGGUUUGGGUGUGGGCUGUGAGUGUAUUUUUAUGUCACAGCAGCAUGUUCAGUGGAGUUAAGCACUGUGGUAAUGGAACUUCCAGCCCUUACUCAAUCUCCUUUCAUAAGUCCUGGGACAUAUACAUAAAUUUGUCCUGGGACAAAGUACAUAAAUUUGUCCUUUGAACAAAAAGUACAAUUUGCUGUUUUGAUGUGUCACACUAUUUGUAUUCAUGGACCUAAUUGUGGAUCUUAUUUUGGGCUCCUAAUUCUUAAUCAUCCAAAUUUUAUAAAAGGUUUUUAUGUUUCCGUUGAGAACUAAAGCAGUUUUUAUAUUUUAGUCUCAAAACAGUACACAGCAGGUAUAUCCUUCUCCAGUAUUGUGUGAGUUGCUGUUCUGAGAAGAGAGAUGCUCUCAAGGCUGUUAAGAUGUUUUUGUGCUGGAGCUGCUACAUGUGCUCACAGCAUCUCAUCUGUCUGAUGAAGGUACCUCAGUGGAGGAGCAUCAACUGAAGGUCUUGUUUUACAGUGACUGGCAUGUAACCAAAGGUGUUUGUACACGACUAGUGCAAGUCAAGGAAAAGCCAUGUUUAGAUUACUACUGGAUAGCAUACAAACAGUUUGAGAGGAAUUUUACUGCACAUAUAAGGAGUACCAUAAAUGUUAAAACUGUCCAAUCUCUGAAAAAUCCAUAAUCUCUUUUUUGAGACUUCAGGAACAAUAAGUACAUAAAAUAUUAAUUAAUGCAUAAAAUAUAAAAGAUACAGUUAAUCAUAGAAAGGACAGAUUGCUGAGCCGAAGCCAGUGAAAGGCAAGACAAUUUCAAUAUGUAUUUUGGGAAUCAGGAUAGUUGAGUCAGCUGUGCAGUGUCUUCCUUUAUUCUUCGUAUUGAACAUCUUCUCCCAUACCUCCUCCCAGGGCCCUAGCUGAUCUUUGUAAACUAGAAAGUGGAAUAUAUGAGACUGGAUUUCCUAAAUAAGGAAAAAGAAGGUGGAAGAAAUAUUCUACAAUGGAUAAGGAAGGGGAAAGAGGAGAAAGAAUGUGAUAGUAGCUCAUCUUCUCACUCCCUUGAAGAAGUCUCAAAGUCCUUCCUGCUGUGUCUUCUGUAAGUCAGUAAAUUUGUAGUUCUCCCAUUUGUGAACACAUUAUCACACAACCUCAGUGUUCAGAAGGUUGAAGUCUCAUGUAAUCCACAGCCCAUUUGAUAUUUUAAUUUACUCUAAAACAAUUUGGUCCUACAAUGUGUGAUAUAGGCAGAUUGUCAAAAGAUGUCAAUACUAGUGGGUUAAAUAUCUCUUGGUGUUAAUUCAAGAAAUAUUAAUGGAGAAUCUACUAUGUGUUUGUAACCUUGAAUGGCUUUUGAGACACAAUAAUCAAUAUGAAUCAUUCCUGACCAUGAUAUAACUACAUAGCAGGGAUGAUAGAUGGUGAAGCAAUUAAAAUGCAGUGUGAUAAGUUUCUCAGUGAGUAAGCCUUUGGGGGUGAUUGCUGAAGUCUUCCUGUAUGAAAGGAUCAGAAAUGGUACUUGUACCAGGAAACUGAGAACAAGGUGUUGAGAUGACAACAACUCAAGCAAAGUAACAACUGUGAAAGAUGCAGAGCUGGAAGAAAGCACAAGAAUUAAAAAAUGUCCUUAAGCUGGAUUACAGGUCAGAGAAGUUGAGGAAGCAGUGAGGAUGAAGCAGGCAGGGAAAGAAGGCAUCACUGAGGGCACCGAAUACCAAACUGUCUUUUAACAGCAUUAUGGAUGUAGUAAAGAUUUUUAAACAGGAUUAGAGCUUGAUAAAGCUUACAUUUUAGAGUUAUCACUCUUGUAAAUGAUUCAGAGGAAGAGGAUAUUAGAGGCAAGGAGUCCAGCUGGCUGUCUUCUCCAACAGUACUACAGAGACACUAGAAGAAUAUGAACUAAACUAGUGGCAGUGGGGAAAGAGAAAAGUCAAGUCAAAUCGCAUGAUUUAACAAUUUUCAAAAUUGGUUUAAAAUGUGUUCAAAGUUAAUUGACUAUCAGCUAAAAAUAGACUGAUUGUAUACACACUCAUACAUACGAAUAUACAUACAGAUGUAUAUAUCUCAUGGUAGCCACAAACCCAAAACCUAUAAUAGGUACAUGUACACAAAAAGAGAAAGGAACACAAACAUAUCACUUAAGAAAACCAUCAAACCACAAGGAAACAGACAAACAGAAGACCAAAAGAGCAGAAAAGAACUAUGUAAACAACCAGAAAAUAAUUAACAAAAUGGCAAGACAUACAUAUCUGUCAAUAAUUACUUUAAAUGCAAAUGGACUAAAUGCUCCAAUCAAAGGACAUAGGGAGGCCGAAUGGAUAAAAAACAAGAUCCAUCUAUACACUGUCUACAAGAGACUGAUCUCAGAUCUAAGGGCACAUAAAGACUGAAGAUGAUGGGAUAGGAAAAGAGAUUCCAUGCAAAUGGAAUGAAAAGAAAACUGUAGUAAUAGUCAUAUUAAAAAAAUAGGUUUUAAAACAAAGACUGUAACAAAAGACA